AUGCUUCAGUUUUCUUAUGGAAUUCUCAAACCUCAUGAGAAAACCCGUUCAGCAAGUGGUUUUGCCAAUGGUAUCUCUGGUGGUGUUGAAUUUGGUGGCACUGCUUCAAAUCAAAAUGACAUUGGUAGGGGUCCAUCUGGCCAAAGUGGAUUUGAUGUGAAUGCAGUAAGUGGAUUAGCUGACUCUAAUUCUGCUCCCAGUGAAACAGUAUUACCUGGUAACAAUCUUUUUUUUUUUUUUUUCAUUUCAGCAGAUAACACCAACACAAGACAUAGGGAUGGAUUUAGUAGCAGUGUCUCUGGGAAUUUGGGAUUUGGUUUGGGGACAUCUGAUCAAAAGGGAUUGGACAUUGGUAGAGCUGACUGGAGUGAAAUGAGCAACAGACGAUCUGCUGGGGGUGAAUCAAUAGGUUUUGGAUUUGAUGCCCGUAGCCCAGUUGGAACCGGGUCUUUUGGUUGGGAACUUGGAAAAAGGAAGGGCGAUAAUGCAUUUGGUUUUGGAGCUUCUGGUUCGAGUUCAUUUGGUGGCAGUGGCAUUAAUAGCAAAAUAAAAAUUGAAGGAAAUCAAGUGGGUAGUUCUGGAGGACCCAUUUCCAAUGAUCUAGGUAUUGAUAUCUCAUUUUUAUGCAUAAAAAUUUCUGAAUGUGGCAUCAGUGCAAGAAUUAGAGAUAGUCUUUUUGAUGGCAUAUCAGAAAAUUUGAGAUAUGGUUUUGAGAAGCUUGGUCAAAAGGGAUUUGGAAGCAGAGGAUCUGACUGGAGUAAGAGCAGCAGGGAAUCUGAUGUCAGUGGCUCAGUGGAAAAGUCCUCAUCCUUUGAUUUGAAACAUGGAGAAAGGAAACGUGAAGCUAAAUUUGAUUUUGGAGAUUCUGGUUCAAAUCGAUUUGAUGACAUUGGCCUUAAUGAAAAUGUAAUAAAAGGUACCAGAGAAUCUGAUUUUAGUGAAGUACCAGUGCAAGAAGUGGUGGUGAGCAUGCUGGUGAAAAGUUUGAAUAUUCAGGAUUUGAAAAUAAUUCUCAUGACCAUCAUUUUGUAUUCAGCAGGUGACUCAAAUGCAAGAAAUGGGGAUGAAUAUUCUGGUGGUAUCUCUGAAGACUCAGGAUUCAAUUUGGGGUCAUCUGAUCAGCAGGGAUUUGGAAUCAGUGGAAUUGGUAGGAAUGGAGAGAGUGGCAGUGGAAUCGUGGGGGCUGGAUACUUGAGUCCUGGAUCUGAUGUCAGUGGCACAGGAGAAAAUACUUGGUCUUCUGGUUCUGGAAGUGGUGGAGGAAGGAAGGGUGCAGCUGGACUUGGUGUUGGUACUUCUGGACCAAAUGAAUUUGGUGAAACUGGCGUUAGUGGCACAGGUGUCACAAGCCCAGCCGACCACAGUACCUCUGCACCACUCACUACACCAGAAAAAGGAUCCCACAUUCCAGAAGCAACUCCGAAAUACUCAGAAACAAAUACAAUUAUUGGCGAAGCUUCUACUUGGGGCAAAGGAGCAUAUAAAGCUUUCAAUGGCCGCAUCUUUUCCUUUGACUCGUCAUGCGCAUACACCUUCUGCCGUCAUUGCGUGGAAUCCGGAGAAGAUUUCAAUAUUGAGAUCAAAAGAAACAAUAAUAGUGAUAUUGAAAAAAUAAUAGUUAAAAUCGACACUAAUGACGUCUCUAUUUUUGGUGAUAUCAUCCUAGUUAAUGAAGAAAGUGUACAGAUGCCAUAUAACAAUAAAUUGAUACACAUUAAAAAAUAUGGAGAACAUAAUGUCCUGAAUAGCCGCAGAGGAAUCAUGUCUUUAAUGUGGGACAAAAAUAACAAACUCUCACUUACUCUUCACAAGAAAUAUCCAACUUGUGGUCUCUGUGGUAACUUCAACAGCACUCCAGGAGAUGAGAUCAAUGAACACAUUGCCAAUAGUAAAAUUCCUGGUGAUUGUCCCAAAGCCGUUAGUAAAAGCUAUGAUGUUUGUGAAGAUGGCGUGCAGGUAAGAGAUUUAUAUUUCACCUACAAUGUAUUUAUUCCAGGUUACCUAUUGGACGAUAUUGGAGAAAAAGGGAGAUGUGUAUUAAAGGCUAAAUGUCCCUGUGAAUCAAAUGGAAAGAUCUAUCAGUCAGGAGAAGUCCGAGAUGGUCCUUGUGGUUCUCAGUGCACAUGCCAAGAAGCAAAGUGGUCUUGCACUGAAGCAUUAUGUCCUGGAAGAUGUAAGGUGGAAGGAAGUUCAAUCACCACCUUUGACGGUGUUAAAUAUAACCAUCCUGGAAACUGUCAUUUCUUGGCCAUCCACGAUAAAGAUUGGUCUAUUAGCGUUGAACUUCGUCCCUGUCCAAAUGGUCAGUCAGGAACGUGCUUAAAUAGUGUUACACUCCUCUUGAAUUCGUCUAUUUCAGUUGACAAAUAUAUAUUCAAUAGAGAUGGAACAGUCACAAAUGAUAAGAUUAGAAAUCAAGGUUAUUAUUAUUCAGACCAAAUGCAGAUCUUCAAAGCAUCUUCCUCAUACCUUCAAGUAGAAACAAACUUUCAUGUAAAGAUGCAGAUACAGAUUGUUCCUGUGAUGCAAUUAUAUGUUUCCAUGCCACCCAACCAAUUCACAGACACUGUAGGACUCUGUGGUUCCUACAACAACAGAGCAGAGGAUGAUUUCAUAUCAAGUCAGAAUAUAUUGGAGAAAACGUCUCAGGCAUUUGCUGAUUCUUGGGAAAUGAUGCCCUGUCCUAAAGGAAACCCCACUUCGUGCAUCAGUAUAGAAAAAGAAAGAUAUGCUGAAAAGCACUGUGGAAUUCUUCUUGAUUCAAGUGGGCCUUUUGCUUCCUGCCAUCCAAUUGUGAAUCCUAAACUAUAUCAUGAGGAAUGCAAAAAAUACACUUGCACUUGUGACAACAGUGAAGAUUGUUUGUGCACGAUUUUAGGCAACUAUGUAAAAGCGUGUGCUGAGAAAGAAACAUACAUAGUGGAAUGGAGAACUGGACUAUGUGAUCACUCUUGCCCAAGUGGCCUGGUUUUCAAGUACAAUGUAAAAGCCUGCAAUAGUUCUUGUCGAUCAUUGUCAGAGAGAGAUAGGAGCUGUGAUGUAGAAGAUGUUCCAGUUGAUGGAUGCACUUGCCCUGAUGGAAUGUACCAUAAUAAUGAAGAGAAUUGUGUUCCAAAAUCUCAGUGUGACUGCUACCUAAAUGACGAGGUCAUACAACCAGGCAAACUCAUCCAUAUUGAUGACAAUAAAUGUGUCUGUCGGGAUGGAAUUCUUCUUUGCCAGACUCCCAUUGAUUUAACCCUACAGAAUUGUUCCGGAGGGACUGAAUUUGUUGACUGCAGGGACCCGAAGGCACAGAGAAGAGUUGACAGUACCUGUAGCACUCGGAACAUACCUAGUUUUGAUGAGAACUUGCCUUGCAAACGUGGGUGCUACUGUCCAAUUGGCAUGGUUCGAAAUUCUAAAGGAAACUGUAUCUUUCCUGAAGACUGCCCAUGUUCUUUUGGUGGACAGGAGUAUGACCAGGGAAGUGUUACCUCGGUUGGCUGCAACAAAUGUACUUGCAUAAAAGGGUCUUGGAGCUGUACACACAAUGAAUGUCAAACCACCUGCCAUAUCUAUGGGGAAGGUCAUGUUAGAACUUUUGAUGGAAAAAGUUACAGCUUUGAUGGUCUCUGCCAGUAUUCAUUUCUUGAGGAUUAUUGUGGUCGUGAAAAUGGCACAUUCCGUCUCUUAACUGAAAGCGUCCCAUGCUGUGAAAAUGGGCUUACAUGCUCAAGAAAAAUCAUAGUUGCUUUUCAGGAUCAGAAUGUUGUUCUGCAUGAUGGGAAAGUAACAGCAGCCAAAACUACAGAAAGUAAGGAAUGUGAAAUCAAUGGAAAUACAUAUUCUGUACAUACUGUUGGCCUGUACUUGAUUCUGAAAUUUUUGAAUGGAAUAACCAUAAUUUGGGACAAGAAUACAAGAGUUUCUGUUAUACUGGAUCCACACUGGAAUGGCAAAGUAUGUGGUCUUUGUGGAAAUAACAAUGGUGAUCUCAAGGAUGAUUUCACAACACGAUAUUCAUCAGUAGCUGCUGGAGCACUGGAAUUUGGAAAUAGCUGGAAAACCAGUCAAGAAUGUUCAGACACAGUAGCUCAAGCUUUCCCGUGUGACUCAAACCCGUACUGUAAGGCCUGGGCUGUGCGGAAAUGUGAGAUCAUCCGGGACAGCACCUUCAGAGACUGCCACAGCAAGGUGGACCCCAAUGCCUACUAUGAUGCAUGCAUUGAAGAAGCCUGUGCAUGUGACAUGGAGGGGAAGUACCUGGGAUUCUGCACAGCUGUGGCUAUGUACGCAGAGGCGUGCAGUGCGGUUGGAGUCUGUGUCAGAUGGAGAAAACCAGAGCUCUGCCCUGUCUACUGUGAUUAUUACAAUGCCCCUGGGGAAUGCAGUUGGCACUAUGAACCUUGUGGUACAGUGACUGCAAAAACUUGCAAAGAUCAAGUUAUUGGCCAGAAAUUUUCUGCACUUUUAGAAGGAUGUUAUGCUAAGUGCCCAGAUAGCGCUCCUUAUCUGGAUGAGAACACCAUGAAAUGCGUCAGUUUAUCUGAGUGCAGCUGCUUCUAUAAUGAUAUCAUACCAGCAGGUGGAGUGAUUCAGGAUAACUGUGGAAGAACAUGCUAUUGCAUCGCAGGAGAGUUGGAGUGCAGUGAAACUGUUCCUACAAAUUCAACAUUCACAGUUUCAGCUACAACAGCUACCUCCAUAUUAAGCACCGAAGCAGCAAUAACAUUGGUAACCAGGAGCUCAGGUGCAGCAGCUUCCAUUCCAGUGAUUACAACAUCAAGCAGCGAAACAAUAGGGACAACUCUAACUCUUCUGAGUGAACCUUUUACUACAGGUGUUAUUGGAACUCCCUUUCCCGUGACCGUCAGUGCUGGCACUGCAGGCACGACUGUAGUGUACCCCGCCCCCACCAGUCCUGGGCACAUGGCAGGAGGAACAACAGGCAGCCCUACUGCACCAGCAAGAGGAGGUGAAGACAGCACACCCAGGGAACCAAGCACAGGGGCGACAAGCCCAGGGAAACCAGGCAAGUCAGAUACACAUUUUAGCGGACCCCAGAGGUUUCAGAGGGCUUCACAACAGCACCUGGGCGUGAGAACACAAAUGGAGACACAACUGCCCCGGGCUCGACCAUGGGAGGCAGACCAGAGAAAUGAACAAAUAUGUGAAACAAUAUGUAAACAAAUAUAUGAAAAGUAUUUUGAAAGCAGAGAACAGCACAAUCUGUUCUGCUUCACCAAAGAUCAUGAUUCAUAUUUAUUUUUGAUUUUGAAAGGGACUACCGGAUCAUCAGCUAGUGAUGCAACUAGACCCCCAAGUAGUGAAGUGACACAAUCUGAAGGCAAGUUAGGAACAACUGAAGGGGAGAAUGCAGCCACCACUGGAACUGUUGGUGAAAACACUUCCCGAGCCUCAGCAGGUACAACUGGAACAUCCGGUAUUACAACUAGUAGAGAUGAAAAUAAACCUGGGUCACCCCGCAGUGGUACUACAAGCUCUUCAGAUAAACUAGGAACAACUGGACACUAUGUUGAAGGAGGUGGAACAACUGGGCCAUCUGAGGGAAGAUCAGGGACAACUAGAAUAUCAGCUGAAGGAUCAGGGACAACUGUAUUGUCAUCUGUAGUGACAGGGAAAACAGGACCAUCACUGGGAGGAUCAGCAACAACAAGAUCAUCAGUUAAAGGAUCAGAGACAACUGAACCAUCUGUUGUAGAUUCAAGAACAUCUGUACCAUCAGAAGGAUUGACAGGAGCAACUGAACCAUCACUUGGGUUAACAACACCUGGACCAUCAGCUGAAGGAUCAGGGACAACUACAUUACUUGCUGGAGUAUCACAAACAACUGAAAGCUCUGUUCUAAAGUCAGGAAAUACUGGACCAUCCACAGGAGGAUCACAGACAACUGAACAAUCAGGUGAAGCCCAGACAAGUGGACUAGCAGCUGGAGGAUCAGGGACUACAGGACCAUCCACUGAAGAAUCAGAAAAAACAGAAACACCUGUUCUGGGUUUAGGGACAACUCACACAUCUGAAGGAUUAGGAAAAACUACAUCUGUUUUAGGUUCAGGGACAAUUGGAACAUCAUCUGGAGUGACAAGAACAACUAAAUCAUCAUCUCGAGAUUCAGAUACUACAGGACUAACAGCUGAAGUAUUAGGAACAACUAAAUCAGCAUCUGGUAUAUCAAGCACAACUGGACUAUUGUCUGGUGGGUCAGGGACAACUGGACCAUCUGUUGUAGGAUCAGGAACAUCUGUACCAUCAGCAGGAUUGACAGGGACCUCUGGUCUAUCACCUUGGUUUGCAACAACUGGACAAUCAUCUGUAGGAUCGAGGACAACUGAGUCAUUGGAUGGAAGAUCAGAAACCACUGCAACCUCCAUUGUAAGUUCAGGCACUACCAGUCCAUCCACAGGAGGAUCACAGACAACUGGACUGUCAGCCAAAGAAGCAGGGACAACAGAACAAGCAGCUGGAAUAUCAGGGACCACAGGACUGUUCCAUGGACGAUCAAGAACAACAAGACAAUCUGUUUUAAGUUCAGGGAUGACCUUACCAACUUCUAAAGAAAUAAGGACAACUAGACCUUCAUUGGUAAAGUCAGGUACAACUGCAGUAUUGACUCCAGGAUCAGCCACAAGUGGACUGUCAUCUGGAGUGUCUGAGUCCACUGAAGCAUCAUCUGAAGCAUUAGGAACAACAAGAUCAUCAGCUGGUAUAUCAGAGACAACUGGACCAUCAACAGUUGGAUCUGGGAUGGCAACAGGACCAUUUUUUGUAGAAUCAGGAACAGCUGUAUCAUCGGUAGGAUUGACUGGGACAUCUGACCUAUCACAUGGGUUAGGAAUAACUGGGCCAUCAGCUAAAGGAGCAGGGACAACUGGAUCAUUUGCUGGGAAUUCAGGAACAACAGUAACCCCUGUUGUAAUUUCAGGGACUGCUGGUCCCUACACAGUAAAAUCACAGAUGACUGGACAAUCUGCUGAAGAAGCUGGGACAACAGGACCAACAGCUGGAGGUUCAGGGACCACAGGACCAUUCCAUGGAGGAUCAGGAAAAACAGGACAAUCUCUUUUAGGUUCAGGGACAACCAGACUAUCUGUUGUAGGUCCAGGAACAACUAUACCUUCAAGUAGACUGUUUUUUGUAGGUUCAGGGACAACCAGAGCAUCAUCUGGAGUGAAAAGGACAAUUGGACCAUCAUCUGGAGAAUUAGGAACAACUAGAUCAUCAUCUGGUAUGUCAAGGACAAUUGGACCAUCAACUGGAAGGUCAGGGAUAACUGGACGUUCAGAAACAGAAUCAGGAACAUCAGUAACAUCAGUAGGAUUAACAGGGACAUCUGGAUCAUCAUUUGGGUUAGGAACAACUGGACCAUCAACAAAAGUAUCACAAACAACUACAGCACCUAUUGCAGGAUUAGUAAAAUCUACAUCAUCUACAAGAUUGACAGGGUCAACUGGAUCAUCAAUUGGGGGACCAGAGACAACUGGAACAGCAGCUAGAGGAUCAGGGACCACAACACUGUCAGCGGGAGCAUCAGGAGAAACUGGAACAUUAGCUGAAGGAUCAGAAACAACAAAAACCUUUGUUAUAACUUUAGGGAUUACUGAAACACCUGUAAGAGGAUCACAGACAAUGGGAUGGUCAACUAAAGAUGCAGGAACAACUGGGCAAGAAGCUAGAGGAUCAGGGAUGACAGGGCAAUUCAUUGGAGGAUCAGGAACAUCAGUGUCAUCUGUUUUUGUUUCAAGGACAAUUCACCCAUUAUCUGAAGAAUCAGGGACCACUAGACCAUCUGUUUUAGGUUCAGAGACAACCAGACCAUUACCCGGACACACAGAGACCAUGAGAUCAUCAUCUGGAGAUUCAGACACCACUGGACCAUCAGCUGAGGUAUUAGGGACAACUAGAUCACCAGCUGGUAUAUCAGAAACAACUAGACUAUCAACGGGUAGAUCUGGGAUGACAGAAGGACCAUCGGUUGUAGGGUCAGAAACAUCUGUACCAUCAGUAGGUUGGACAAAGAUAUCUGGCCCAUCACCUGGGUUAGUAACAACUGGGCCAUCAGCUGAAGGAGCAGAAACAACUGGAUCAUUUGCUGGAAAUUCAGGAAGAACGGCAACUGCUUUUGUAAGUUCAGGAACUAGUGGUCCCUACAUAGGAGAAAUCCAUACAACUGUACUAUCACCUGAAGAGACAAGGACUAUAGGACCAACAUCUGAGGGAUCAGGGACCACAGAACCAUUCCCUGGAGUAUCAGGAACAACAGAACAAUCUGUUUUAGGUUCAGAGACAACUAGACCAUCAGUUGUAAGUUCAGGAACAAGUGGAAUAUCACCUGGAGUGAUGGGUAUACCUGGACAAUCUACUAGAGUGACAGGGAAAAUUGAACCACCAGCUGGAGAAUUAGGAACAACUGGAUCAUCAGCUGGUAUAUCAAGCACAACUAGACUAUUGUCCGGUGGGUCAGGGAAAACUAGACCAUCUGUUGUAGGACCAGGAACAUCUGUACCAUCAGCAGGAUUGACAGGGACCUCUGGUCAGUCAUCUGGGUUUGCAACAACUGGACAGUCAUCUGUAGGAUCGAGGACAAUUGAGUCAUUGGAUGGAAGACCAGAAACCACUGCGACCUCCAUUGUAAGUUCAGGCACUACCAGUCCAUCCACAGGAGGAUCACAGACAACUGUACUGUCAGCCAAAGAGGCAGGGACAACAGAACAAGCAGCUGGAAGAUCAGGGACCACAGGACCAUUCCAUGGACGUUCAGGAGCAACAGGACGAUCCGUUUUAAGUUCAUGGACGACUGGGCCAUCAUCUGAAGAAAUAAGGAGAACUAAACCUUCCUUUCUAAAGUCCAGCACCACAGGAAUAUCAGCUACAGGAUCAGCCACAAUUGGACACUCACCUAGUGUAUCUGAGUCCACUGAGCCAUCAUCUGAAGUAUUCAGAACAACUAGAUCAUCAACUCGUAUAUCAAGUACAACAGGACUAUUUUCUGGUGGGUCAGGGACAACUGGACCAUCUGUUGUACGAUCAGAAACAUCUGUCCCAUCAGCAGGAUUGACAGGUACCUCUGGUCCAUCACCUGGUAUAGCAACAACUGGACAAUCAUCUGUAGGGUUGAGGACAACUGAGUCAUUGGCUGGAAGAUCAGAAACCACUGUGACCUCCAUUGUAAGUUCAGGCACUACCAGUACAGCCACAGGAGCAUCACAGACAACUAGACUGUCAGCCCAAGAGGCAGAGACAACAGAGCAAGCAGCUGGGGGAUCAGGGACCACAGGACCAUUCCAUGGACGAUCAGGAACAACAAGACAACCUGUUUUAGGUUCAGGGACAACCCUACCAACAUCUAAAGAAAUAAGGACAACUAGACCUUCAUUUGUAAAGUCCAGCACAACUGGAGUACUGGCUAUAAGAUCAGCCACAACUGCACUGUCAUCUGGAGUAUCUGAGUCCACUGAACCAUCAUCUGAAGUAAUUGGUAAAACUAGAUCAUCAACCCAUAUAUCAAGUACAACUCGUCUAUUUUCUGGAGGUUCAGGGACAACUGUAAUGUCUGUUGUUGGAUCAGGAACAUCUGUACCAUCAACAGGAUUGACAGGGACCUAUGGUCCAUCACCUGCAUUCGUAACAACUGGACAAUCAUCUGUAGUAUUGAGGACAACUGAGUUAUUGGCUGGAAAAUCAGAAACAACUGAAACCUCUGUUGUUAGUGCAGGGAUUACUGGUCUGUCCACAAGAGGAUCUCAUACAACCGGACCACCUGCUGAGGAAACUGGUAUAACAGAACGAGCUGGUGGAGCUUCAGGGACCACAGGACUGUUCCAUGGAGUAUCAGGAACAACAGUAUAUUCUGUUUUAGGUUCAGAAACAACAAGAAAAUCUGUUGUCAGUUCAGGAACAACUGUACCAUCAUCUGGAGUGACAGGAAUAACUGGAUCAUCAACUACGGAAUUGGGAACAAGUAGAUCAUCAGCUGGUAUAUCGGAGAACACUGGGGCAUUAAUGAGUGGAUCUGGGGUUACAACAGGACCAUCUUUUGUAGGAUCAGGCAUAUCUGUACCAUCAGUAGGAUUGACAGGGACCUCUGGUCCAUCACCUGGAUUCGCAACAACUGGAUCAUCAGCUGAAGGAUCAGGAAUAACUGGAGUAUAUUCUGGAAUAUCAGAAACAACUUCCACCUCUGUUGUAAGUUCAGAGACUAUUGGUCCAUUUACAGGAGGAUCACAGACAACUGGACUGUCAGCCAAAGAAGCAGGGACAACAGAACUAACAGCUGGAGAAUCAGGGACCACAGGACCAUUCCAUGGACGAUCAGGAACAACAAAACAAUCUACUUUAGGUUCAGGGAUUACCUUACCAUCUUCUAAAGAAAUAAGGACAACUAGAUCUUCGUUGGUAAAGACAGGCACAACUGGAGUAUCAGCUACUGGAUCAGCCACAACUGGACUGUCAUCUGGAGUAUCUGAGUCCACUGGACCAUCAUCUGAAGUAUUAGGAACAACCAGAUCAUCAGCUGGUAUAUCAGAGACAACUGGACCAUCAACACGUGGAUCUAGAAUGACAAGAGGACCAUUUUUUGUAGAAUCAGGAACAUCUGUACCAUCAGUAGGAUUGACAGGGAUGUCUGGUCCAGAGCCAACUGGAUCAUUCACUGGAAGAUCAGAAACAACAGCAACCUCUACUGUAAAUUCAGGUGCUAGUGGUCUCUACAAUGGAGGAAUCCAGACAACUGGGCUGUCAGCUAAAGAAGCAAGGACAACAGGACCAUUUCGAGGAGGGUCAGGAACAACUGGAAGAUUUGUUGUAGGUUCAGGGACAACUGUGCCAUCAUCUAGAGUGGAAAGCAUAACUGGACCAUUAUCUGGAAUGACAGGAAUAACUGGACCAUCAGCUGAGGAAUUAGUAACAACUAGUUCAUCAGCUGGUAUAUCAGAAACAACUGGAUUAUCAAUGGGUGGAUCUGGGAUGACAGCAGGACCAUCUGUUGUAGAGUCAGGAACAUCUGUAUCAUCAGUAGGAUUGGUAGGGACAUCUAGCCCGUCACAUGGGUUAGGAACAACUGGGCCAUCAGCUGAAGGAGCAGGGACAACUGGAUCAUUUUCUGGAAGAUCAGAAACAACAUCAGUCUCUAUUAUAAAUUCAGGUACUAGUGGUCCCUACAUAGGAGGAAUCCAGACAACUGGAAAAUCUGUUGAAGAAGCUGGGACAAUAGGACCAACAGCUGGAGGUUCAGGGACCACAGGACAAUUCCAUGAAGGAUCAGAAACAACAGGACAAUCUGUUUUGGUUUCAGGGACAACUAGACUGCCUGUUGUAGGUUCAGGGACAACUGGGGCAUCAUCUGGAGUGACAGGUAUAACUGGACCAUCAUCUGAAGUGAAAGGGACAAUUGGACCAUCAGCUGGAGAAUUAGGAACAACUAGAUCAUCACCUGGUAUAUCUAGGACAACUGGACUAUCAUCUGGUGGGUUAGAGACAACUGGACUAUCUGCUGUAGGAUUAGGAACAUCUCUCCCGUCAAGAUUGACAGGGACACCUGGACCAUCAGCUGGUUUAGCAACAACUGGACCAUCAGCUAAAGGAUCAGGGACAACUGAAUCAUUUUCUCGAAGAUCAGAAACAACUGAAAUCUCUGUUGUAAGUUCAGCAACUAUGAGUACAUCCAUAGGAGGAACACAGACAACUGGACAAUCUGCUGAGGAAGCAGGGGCAACAGGUCUAGAAUCUGGAGGGUCAGGGACUACAGGACUAUUCCAUGGAGGAUCAGAAACUACAGGACAAUUUAUUUUAGGUUCAGGGACGACCUUACCAUCUUCUGAAAAAUUAAGGUCAACUAGACCUUUAUCGGUAAAGUCGGGCUCUACUGGAGUAUCUGCUACAGGAUCAGUCACAAGUGGACUGUCAUCCUGGGAAUCUGGGUCCACUGGAUCAUCAACUGAAGUAUUCAGAACAACUAGAUCUUCUGUUGGAAUAUCAAGGACAAGUCAACCAUCUACUGGAGGAUCAGGGACAACUGCACCAUCCGUUGUAGGAUUAGGAAUACCUUCAUCAGCACCAGGAUUGACAGAAUCAACUGGACCACCAGUUUUAGGAUCAGAGACAACUGAAACAGCAGCUAGAGGAUCAGGGACCACAGGACUAUCAGCUAGCAGAUCAAGGACAACUGGAUCAUUAGCUGGAGUAUCAGAAACAACCAAAACCUCUGUUGCAAUGUUAGAGACUACUGCAACAUCUAUAGUAGGAUCAUGGACAACUGAACAAUCAACUGAAGAAUCAAAGACAACUGUACAAUCAGCCCUAGGAUCAGAGACCUCAAGACCAUCUAGUGGAUUGUCAGGAAUGACAGGAUCAUCAAGUUUUGGUUCAGGGACAACCCUGCCAUCAUCUGAAGAAUCAAGGGUAACUAGACCAUCCGUUAUAGGUUCAGGCACAACUGAACCAUCAUAUGGAGUGAUUGGGACAAGUGGAUUAUCAUCUGGAGAUAUAUCCAUCACUGGACCACCAUCUGAACUAUUAGGAACAAGUAUAUCAUCAGUUGGUAUAUCAAAGACAAGUGGACAAUCAAUGGGUGGAUUUGGGACAACUGGACCAUCUGUUGUAGAAUCAGGAACAUCUUUGCCAUCAGCAGGAUUUACAGGGACAUCUAGAACAUUACAUGAGUUAGGAACAAGUGGACCUUCAGCUGAAGGAUCAAGGACAACUGGAAUAUUUUCUGGAUUAUCAGAAACAACUGAAACCUCUGUUGUAAGGUCAGAGACUACUGGACCAUCCAUAGGAGAAUCACAGACAACUGGACAAUUAAUUGAAGAAGCAGGAACAACUGUACAAGGAUUUGGGGCAGCAGGGACCACUCAGCCAUCUUUUGGAGGAUCAGGAACAACAGGACCAUCUAUUUUAGGUUCAGGGACAACUCCACAAUCAUCUGAAGGAUUAGGGACAACUGUACCACCAGCUAUAGAACCAGGAACAACUGGGCCAUCGACCAAAGGAUCAGCCAAAACUGGAUCAUCAGGAUUACAGACCACUGAAUCAAUUGAAAUAUUAGGAUCAGCUAUAUCAUCAGUCAGUGAUUCAAGGACAAUUAGACCAUCAACUAAAGGAUCAGGGACAACUGUAAGAUUACCUGAAAGAGCAGAGACAAUUGGACCACCUGUUGUAAAUUCAAGGAUAACUGAACCAUCUGUAGCAUCACAGAGGACUGGACCAUCAGCUGAAGGUUCAGUGACCACAGGAUCAACAUCUGGAGGAUCAGGUACAACUGCCCCAUCUGUUAUAGGUUCAGAGACAUCUGGACCAUCAGCUGGGGCACCAGGAAUAACUGGAAUAUCAUCUAGAGGAGCAGGAGCAACUAGACUACUUGUUUUAGUUUCAGAUACAGCUAUGCCAGCAAGAUCCAGGACAACUGCAUCACCAGCUGGAGGAUCAGUGACAGCUGGACCAUCAAAUGGAGAAUCAAGGACAACUAGAUCAGCUAUUUUAGGUUUAGGGACAACUCAACCAUCAUCUGGAGCAUCAGGAACAACUGUACCAUCAUAUGAAGUUUCAGGGACAACUGGACCAUCACCAGAAGGAUCAGGGACAAGUGGAUCAUCAACUGGGAUAACCACUGGGAUGUUAAGGAAUGAGGUUACCACAUCUGAAGGCAAGUCAAGUUCACUGAAAAUAGACCAUUUAUUGCCAGGUGCAACCAGAGUGUCAGUGGGAGCUACAACAGGUUCAGACAGGGGAAGCACAGCUGGAGCAUCAGGCUCUAUAACCACCACUGCUGGGAAACAAGCAGUCAAGACUUACCUGGGUACAACUGAAGAACCAUAUGGAGAAACUGAGUCAGGUGAAAGCAUAACCAGUUUAACCACACCUGGAAAAUCAGGUUUUACAGAAGCUGCCCCUGGUUCAACAACUGCACCAGAAAGUUCCACUACUGGCUCAGAUAAGAGAAUUCCACCAGUAUUAAUUGUAGAGGUCACAACUUCCACAGAAAGUGUUGGCACCAGUGGAGGUGGAUUCAGAACAGGCACCACUAGGGUAGCCCCUGGCAUAACUGUUGUCCCUGGAAAUUCUAACACAGAGGCCACAACUUUCCUAGGAGAAAAUGAAACAACCAGAGUUGGAAUAGCCACAGGUACUACUGGUAUAGUCCCUGAGAAAACUGUGGAACCUGGAAAUUACAGUACAGGUACCACCAUGAUUUCACUUGGAGCUAGUAGAAGUUCACAGAGUUCCAAGCCAGGUUUUACAGAGGAAUUCUCUGGGGUAACUAUUAUAUCUGGAAGUUCCCACACAGGUAAGUUAAUAAGAAAUAAAUCUCCAUAUUUAACCUCAUCACCUGUUGGGAGGCCUGUCCUAUAUAAAGAUUUUCUUAUUCAAAGAAACAGUAUUGAUGCUCAGUAUUUUCCUUGGGAAAUUCAUUUUUUUUUGUUUCGUCUUACGGUAGGCACCACUGCAGUACCGGGAGGCCAAGCAACUGGGAGUGUGACAGGCACCACUGGGGUAGCCCCUGGUACAACUGUUGCCCCUGGCAGUUCUAUUACAGAAGCCACAACUUCUGUGGGAGAAAGUGGAACAAGAAUGAGGAUCAUCACAGGCACCUCUGGCACAACAGGUGGAUACGUUCCUGGAAGUGAGGCAGAGCCCACAACUUCCACAGAAAUGACUGGAACUGGAGCCCAAACAGGUGAGCAUGAAGAGCCCAUGAUUUGGGGGUCAACAGAUUUAGGACUGUCUCAGGUUUCCUUUGGAGACUUUGCAUUUAAUUUAGGGGUAUUGCAAGUGAGUCAAAAUAGGUUUAAUAGUAGGGAUAAAAAUCUUUUUGAAAAUCUAUGUACCAGUGGAGUAGUCUCUGGCACAACUAUUAAAUCUGGAAGAUCCAGUGUUGGUACCAUUGGUGUGGCCUCAAGUACAACUGUUGCACCUGGAAGUUCCCAUACUGAAGCUACAACACUCCCUGGAGGCAGUGGAAGCACAGGAGUUGAAAUUAAUACAGGGGGAUCCAGUAGCCAAGUCCCUGGCAUUCAAACAGGUACUAUUGGAGUGACCCCAGAAAGUACCAUCUCACCCAGAAUUUCCAACACAGGAGCUACCGCUGGUGCAUCUGAGACACCAAGCCCUGGAAGUAAAACAGGCACUACAGGUGUAAUCACUGGCACAACAGCAUCUGGAAGUUCCAACACAGUUACCACUGGGAUAACCACAGGUACAACCAUCGCACUUGGGAGUUCCAACACAAAGGCUACAACUUCUACAGAAUUUGAAGCUACCACUGUAUUUGGAAUGGCCACUAGUGAGUGGUUUGCUUUCAACCUUUUGUGUUCUCAACAGUUUUAUUUUUCUCUAUACACCAGCCUUUUAUAUUUUAUGAAGCUAAGAAUGAUAUAUUACUCUCAAUUCUUUAUCCAUCUUGCCUUAGCAGAUACUGCUUCAGAGUCAGCUGAAGUUUCCAGGGGUCCAGAAAAUUCUAGUCCUGGGGCUACAACUCUGGGACUAAGCCGUGACACCACUGGGCAUGUAAUUCAAACAGCUUCAGGAGUCACCAACCUAAUUCCAGGGAGCCAGUCUACUGGAAGAAAAAUAGCUACCACUGGGACAGGCUCUGUAAAUAUAUCAUCACCUGGAAGUUUCCAAGCAGAAACCACAACUUUUAAAGAAGGUGUUGGAACUAUGGAAGCAAGAAUUUCAUCAGGUACCACUGGGGUAGCCUCUGGCACAACAGUUAUUCCUGGAAGCUCCAAUACAGGUACUAGUGUGGCAUCAAGUAGAAUUACUGGUGUCCCAGAAAGUCCCACCCAAGGUACCUCCAGGGAAGUAUUUGAAACAACCACUGCUCCUGGAAAUUCUACCACAGCAGCCACUGCUUCCAUUGGAGUCAAGGAAACCUCUGGAACUAGAAUGCAAACAGGCUCCACCUCCAUGUCAACUAAAAUCACAACAAGACCCAAAGUAUCCUACCCAGAAACCACUCUAGUCACAACAAGAGACCAAGAAACUGAAAAUAAAACAGGAUGUCCAGCAUCACUUCCACCACCUCCAGUUUGUCAUGGUCCGCUGGGAGAAGAGAAAUCUCCUGGAGAUAUAUGGACUGCCAAUUGCCACAAAUGCACCUGUACUGAUGCAAAGGCUGUAGACUGUAAACCCAAGGAGUGCCCUUCUGCACCCACAUGCAAAACCGGAGAGAGGCUUGUAAAGUUCAAAGCUAAUGAUUCCUGCUGUGAAAUUGGAUACUGUGAACCAAGAACGUGCUUAUUUAACAAUACUGAGUAUAAGAUUGGUGCUUCAUUUGAUGACCCCAGCAAUCCAUGCAUCUCCUACUCCUGCCAUAGCACUGGUUUCAUCGCAGUGGUCCAAGACUGCCCAAAGCAGACCUGGUGUGCAGAAGAAGACAGAGUCUAUGAUUCAAACAAAUGUUGCUAUACAUGUAAUACUAAUUGUAGAUCUUCACUUGUGAAUGUGACUGUUAAGUACCGUGGUUGCCAGAAAAAACUUGAGAUGGCAAGAUGUGUAGGGGAAUGUAAGAACACUGUCAAGUACAAUUAUCAUAUCUUUCAGCUGGCAAAUUCAUGUCUUUGCUGCCAAGAAGAUAAGUACGAAUUCCGGGAAAUUUUUCUUGACUGUCCUAAUGGCAGUACAAUACCUUACAGAUAUAGGCACAUCACGGCAUGUUCUUGCUUAGAUAUGUGCAAACAGUCUACACUCCCAACAGUCAGUUAACGCCAAUAUCACCUUUCCAAGUAUAACAGACCAGGUAUUUAUUUUAUAAAUGCACAAAAAUCACUAAAAUAGAAUAACUAAACAUUUGUAUCUCACUCAAAGUGUGAAUUCUCAUUCUGAGGCAUUUUGUUCUCUUGUUGACUGGAUGUGAAAAAUAAAUACAAGUUUUCAAGCAAUUCAUGAGUGUAUG